AUGAAGUGGCUACUCGCCAGCGGACUGGUCUCGCUUCUUGCGACGACUGUCACAGCCUGGCCCUACGACGAGGCCUACCUGGAUCAUAAUCUCAACCAAAAUAAGACGGCCACCAACCCGGCAGAUUACUGGGGAACAUGGCCUGGUCAUGAAGGGAAAUAUAACCCCUCCCCGGAAAACUGGCGCUUUCCGUUCUACUCUCUCUUCUUGGAUCGCUUCGUGAACGGUGAUCCUUCCAAUGACAACGCAAACGGUACCACCUUCGAGCAUGAUAUUGAACAUCGCAUUCGCCAUGGUGGUGAUGUGGCUGGCCUUGUUGACACACUGGAUUAUCUCCAAGGAAUGGGAAUCAAGGGUAUCUAUAUUGCAGGAACUUCCUUGCUCAACCAGCCGUGGACGUCAGACGGAUAUGGAGUUUUGGAUACAACGAUUCUCGACGCACACUUCGGCACUAUCCAGGUUUGGCGAGAUGCUAUCACUGAAAUCCACAAGCGCGGGAUGUAUGUCUUGUUCGACAAUACUAUUGCGACAAUGGGUGACUUGAUUGGAUUUGAAGGCCAUCUCAACACAUCGACUCCAUUCUCGGAGAAGGAAUAUAAAACACAAUGGAAAACUGAACGCAAGUACAGAGACUUCGACAUCGGAGCUGGCGACUACAAUUCGACUUGUGACUACCCUCGAUUCUGGUUCGAAGAUGGGUUCCCCGUGAAUGAAUCGGAGACUUCGAGCUUGGUUGGAUGUUUCAACAGUGACUUCGACCAGUACGGUGAUAUUGAGGCUUUCGGUGUGUGGCCUGAUUGGAAGCGACAGCUGGCCAAGUUCGCUUCCGUCCAGGAUCGUCUCCGCGAAUGGAACCCGAGCGUGCGCGAAAGGUUGAUUCGGCACUCCUGCAUGAUCAUCCAUUCUCUGGAUAUUGAUGGUUUCCGUUAUGAUAAGGGCACACAAUCCACCGUGGAUGCCCUUGGAGACAUGUCCGCUGCCUACCGAGAAUGUGCGCGCGCGGUCGGGAAAGAAAACUUCUUCAUCACUGGCGAAAUCACUGGUGGAAAUGACUUUGGUUCUAUUUACCUCGGAAGGGGUAGGCAGCGUAACCAGUGGCCUGAGAACUCAGCCGCCACAAUGAAGUUGACAAAUGAGUCUUCUGCUCAGUACUUCUUGCGCGAAGCGGGACAUGAGGCCAUCGACAGUGCGGCCUUCCAUUACACGACAUAUCGUGCCUUGACACGAUUCCUCGGCAUGGACGGGCAACUUUCGGCUGGUUAUGAUGCGCCUAAUGACUGGGUUGAGGGCUGGGACUAUAUGUUGAGAUCAAAUGAUUUGAUCAAUGCUAACACCGGCAAGUUCGACCCUCGACACAUGUUUGGUGCGACGAAUCAAGAUGUGUUCCGCUGGCCAGCGAUUGCGAACGGCACCCAUCGGCAGUUGCUCGGUUCUUUCGUGACUACAUUGAUGCUCCCAGGAAUCCCACUUCUUCUUUGGGGCGAAGAGCAGAACUUCUAUGUCUUGGAUGCCACCGCGGAGAACUACAUUUAUGGGCGACAGGCAAUGUCGCCUGCAACCGCCUGGUGGACCCAUGGCUGCUUCCACUUGGAGUCAUCCCAGUACUAUAAGUGGCCUGUUACGGCUGCUAAAAAGGGCUGCGAGGACGUGACAGUUGCUUACGACCACCGCGAUCCCUCCCACCCUCUGCGAAAUAUCAUGAAGCAGAUGUACCACUUGCGCGAACAGUACCCGGUUCUUAACGACGGGUAUUCCCUUGGCAAUUUGUCAAAGAGAACCGAAUUUGUUUACUACCCUGGUUCCAACGAUACGGCCACGGAGACCGGAAUGUGGUCCGUUUACCGGGAUGUCAACACCGAUGUGCAAGAUUUGGGCUCUGCUGCCAACAACCAACCGAUCUGGCUUGUUUACCAAAACCUCAAUGACACAGCGACAUACAAAUUCGACUGCAACUCCGAAAACCCGAAUAAGACACUGACCGCGCCAUUCGCUUCUGGCAUCACUGUCAAGAACCUCUUCCACCCGUACGAUGAGAUCAAACUGGUUGAUGGAGCGCGCAAGCUUGGCUUCAAUGGGUCCAAGGAGCUGAAUGGCUGUGCCGAAAGUCUGACGAUGAAGGCAUACGAGUUCCGCGCAUACGUCCCUAUCGCUAAACACAAAUCACCUCGGCCCAUGAUCACCAAAUUCACCCCGGGCCAUGAUUUCCCACUGCGAUCUACCGUGGCGCCCAACCUUCCAGAAGAUUUGGCGAUUGAGCUUUACUUCUCGGAAGAAAUGAGCUGUGACUCGGUGACCAAGGCAAUUACCUUCAAUUCAUCAACAGAGAUUGGGCAGGUUCCAAUCCUAGAUUCCAACACUGUCAAGUGCACAACUAUUCCUCCCAUGCUCCAAACAAAUUGGACUGCUGAGAUCCCAAGCGUUUGGAAAUGGGCAGCAAAUCUCACUGGAGUGUACAACGGAGUUCAUAAAAUGACUGUCACCAACGUAACUAACACCGACAAAAGCGAUUCUACCCACGCCGUUGAUCAUUUCCUCUUCCGCGUCGGCCAGUUUGACAACCCUAUGGUGUUCACUUCUGCCAACUAUUCGAGCAGUCUACUCCACAAGAAAGAAAACGGCGACCUUUUCAUCCAGCAUCACGCCGCUGGUGCAGACAAAUUCCGUUAUUCUACCAAUUGGGGAUCGUCAUUCUCCGACUGGAAAGUGUACAAAGGUGGAAAUGAUACCAUUGCCAAGCUCCCAUGGUCAGGAACCAAGAAACAAGAGUGGGAUGGUGAGCAUGUACGUGUCGAGUACUGGAGUCGUUGGACCGGAAGCAGCGACUACGUGCAGCAAGGUGACGUUGACUGGAACCACCCAAUUUCUCGCCGGUUCCCCCAUGCUUUCUUCAACGGACCUUACAAUCAGUAUGGAUACGACGGGGGUCUUGACAACAACAUCAAGUUGGACACCAAAACCGGAGUCUGGUCCUAUCAUUUCACGUCCGAAUGGCCCGCAGUCGGGCAGCUCAACAUCUGGGGAAUUAAUCCAGACGGAACGCCCGAUCAAACUUGGGUUUUGGGUGACACCGACAAUGACACAAUCCUGGACCGAAGUCCGCCGUCUGCUCUGAGCGCCACCUUGAUCAAUAUCACCGCUGCGCCAGCUAAAGGCUACCUCUCCCACAAGCUCUACUUUGACGAUGGAACUCUCCGUUUCUGGCUUGAUCCGGUUGGACCUCAGUCCACACAGAUUGUCAUGUUCGUGUUAUUUUGGAUCAUACCAUUCCUCACUGCCGUGGGAUGUGUGUACAUCUUCAUGAAGUCUUUCUACAAGGUCAAAUUCAACCAGGUCGGUGUGAGUGAGAAACAAAACAUUCCCCUCGCAAUCUGGAACAAGAUCAAGUCCACUUCUCGCAGGGAUCAAUCCUCAAACCCACUAAUGCGCUUGAAAAACAAAUCUGGCUUCAUGCAAAGCACCACCGCUCUGGGCGGAGCUCUUGCGGCCGACAAGCGACGCAUGGUUCUAAUCGCUACCAUGGAGUACGAUAUUGAGGAUUGGGCCAUCAAAAUCAAGAUCGGUGGUCUCGGUGUCAUGGCUCAACUCAUGGGUAAGACUCUUGGUCACCAAGACCUAAUCUGGGUCGUUCCUUGCGUUGGAGGUGUCGACUACCCUGUGGACCAGGAGGCAGAGCCUAUGACGGUCACCAUUCUCGGCAGCCCCUACCAGGUUCAAGUCCAAUACCACGUCUUGAAUAAUAUCACCUACGUCCUCCUUGAUGCUCCAGUGUUCCGUCAACAAUCGAAGACCGAACCCUACCCUGCUCGCAUGGAUGAUCUUGACAGUGCAGUGUACUAUUCAGCAUGGAACCAGUGUGUUGCGGAAGCCAUCAAGCGAUUCCCAAUUGACACCUACCACAUCAACGACUACCACGGUUCUCUCGCACCUCUUUACUUGCUCCCAAGAACCAUCCCCGCUUGUCUUUCAUUGCACAAUGCUGAGUUCCAGGGUCUCUGGCCUAUGCGAACCCUUAAGGAAAAAGAGGAGGUUUGCUCAGUCUUUAACCUUGACGAAGAGGUCGCUCGUCGUUACGUGCAAUUUGGUGAAGUGUUCAACUUGCUCCACGCAGGCGCAAGCUAUCUCCGUGUUCACCAGCAAGGAUUCGGUGCCGUCGGUGUUUCUAAGAAAUACGGUAAACGGUCCUACGCUCGUUAUCCCAUCUUCUGGGGGUUGCAUAAGGUCGGCAAUCUGCCUAACCCUGAUCCAUCUGACGUCGGUGAGUGGACAAAGGAGCCCACCAAAGAGGCAGACAUCACUGUGGAUCCCACAUACGAGGCUGGCCGUGGUGAGCUUAAGAGGCAGGCCCAGGAAUGGGCAGGGCUCGACCAGAACCCUGAUGCCGACCUGCUCGUCUUUGUCGGUCGCUGGUCUAUGCAAAAGGGUGUUGAUCUUAUUGCGGACGCAAUGCCUGCUGUUAUCGAAGCCCGGCCCAAUGUGCAGUUGAUCUGUAUUGGUCCCGUUAUCGAUCUCUACGGUAAAUUCGCUGCCCUCAAGCUUGACCACAUGAUGAAAGUCUAUCCUGGACGCGUCUUCUCGAAGCCCGAAUUCACCGCACUUCCGCCAUUCAUCUUCUCCGGUGCCGAGUUCGCCUUGAUCCCAUCUCGUGACGAGCCCUUCGGUCUGGUUGCCGUGGAGUUUGGCCGAAAAGGUGCAUUGGGUAUCGGAGCUCGUGUUGGUGGUCUUGGCCAAAUGCCAGGAUGGUGGUACAAUGUGGAAUCAAUCUCGACGUCGCAUCUUCUCAUGCAAUUCAAGCUUGCAAUUGAGGCUGCCCUCAAUUCGAAGACAUCCGUCCGUGCGAUGAUGCGUGCGAGAUCUGCGAAACAGCGUUUCCCUGUUGCUCAAUGGGUUGAGGAUCUUGAGAUCCUGCAAUCUACUGCCAUCAUGGUUCACCACAAAGUGGCAAAGACAAAUAGUAACAACACUCGACCUGGCACUUCUUCUGGACUCAGCACUCCUGGAAUCCUGUCACCUUCACCUUCUAUGACCCACCUCGGGAGCCCACUGGCUUCACCCGGCAUGAACUCUCCAUUCACGCAUUCCAGGGACAGCAGCUACUCCUUCAAUCAGAUGAACAACCUUACACCACAAAAGAAGAUCAGCUACAGCCCAGAUCCAGGCCUUGACGAAACAGAGAAACCAAAGUCGGGACUGAGUCGUUCUCUCUCCCUGGGUGUCCGCUCAGGCCCCGGUCAUGCUGGACGUCGCAGAAGAGCAGGAGAGGCUGGUAUCCCAGAAAACGAUGAAAAUGGUGCCACUGAUGUCGAAGGCGAUGAUAGCGACGACGACGCUGCCCACAACGCGUUUGACGAUGACGAAUACACUCUCACUCCAGCCCAAGUCGAGGCAGGACGACGAGCCCAGGCUGCACAAAGGGAGCGUGCUCAAAACUUGCCUUCUCCAAACAGUCAAGAGUCUUUACAUCCUAGGUUUAUGAUUCCCUUGGAAAGCCCAGGAAGUCCGGGAGCACCACCGACCGCGGACAGUCUCCUUCUUCCUCCCCAGCCAUUUGGUCAUUCCAACCGUCACAGCAACGCAUCCGUUCUCUCUCUGGACUCUGUCGUCGGCAACAAGACAGAUUUCAAGCUACAGAAGGUUGAUCCUUUCUUCACGGAUAGCACUGGCGAGUACUACAAGACGUUCGACAAGAAAUUGGAUGCCCUGAACGGAUCCAACUCCGAGUCCCAACUUUGUAUCGAAGAGUUCUUGGUUAAGAGCGAGCAACAGUGGUUCGAUAGGUUCCGCAAUGCCAGACUGGGUCGCAACAAAUCUCCCACACCAUCGAUUCGCCACUCAUCAAGAAACACUGACACCCCAGACAAUAUGUUCUAUAAUGAUGAUCUCGUCUCCAACGUGAACAGUGACGAAGAGAAUCAUCUUCAAGAUGAUGAGUUCCUUCUCGGAAAGGACUAUGUCCCUCCCACUGGACUUAAGAAAUGGAUGCAGAUCAAAAUUGGAGACUGGCCGGUCUACUCCAUUUUCCUCGCUCUGGGCCAGAUCAUCGCCGCAAACUCCUACCAGAUCACUCUACUCACAGGUGAAGUUGGUCAGACCGCAGAGAAGUUGUAUGGAAUUGCAACAACAUAUGCCAUUGCAUCCAUGUGCUGGUGGCUCGUGUACCGCUACUUCAAGUCUGUCGUCUGUCUUUCUGUUCCGUGGUUCCUAUACGGUCUUGCAUUCCUCCUGAUUGGAUCUGCUCACUGGCAAGGAGAUUCCUUCAGUCGGGGAUGGAUCCAAAAUGUCGGCACCGGUUUCUAUGCCGCGGCCUCCGCCAGUGGAUCCAUUUUCUUCGCUUCCAACUUCGGUGAUGAGGGUGGUGCUCCAGUUGAAACCUGGAUUUUCCGUGCCUGUGUUAUUCAAGGUAUCCAGCAGGCAUACGUUAUUGCUCUCUGGUACUGGGGUUCCACUAUGACCAAGGCUUCUUCAGCGGGUCUCUUGGACCCUGAGACCAGCAUUGCCAAUACCUGGAAAAUGAGUGCGAUCUGUUAUCCCAUCGCCAUCUUCCUGUGUCUCGUAGGUGCUCUGUUGGCGUUGGGACUUCCCAACUACUACCGCCAGAAGCCCGGCAAGGUGCCAUCCUUCUACAAGUCCCUUUUCCGGAGAAAGAUCGUCUCUUGGAACUUCGUCGCAGUCAUCCUGCAGAACUUCUUCCUCAGCGCACCAUACGGUCGAAACUGGAGCUUCCUGUGGACCUCCAUCCACACCCACGCAUGGCAGAUCGUCAUCCUCUGCAUCGUCUUCUUCGGCUUUGUCUGGUGCAUAUUCCUCUUCGUCGUUAGCAAAUUCUCAAAGAAACACAGUUGGUUCCUUCCCGUCUUCGCCUGCGGCCUGGGCGCACCCCGCUUCAUCCAAAUCUGGUGGGCCAUCUCCGGAAUCGGGUACUACCUGCCCUGGGUCGGCGGGUACACUUCCGGCGCGCUCGUCUCUCGCAGUCUCUGGCUGUGGCUGGGCGUGUUGGAUUCCAUCCAAGGUCUUGGAUUCGGUAUCAUCCUUCUGCAGACUCUCACUCGAGUCCACAUGUGUUUCGCUCUCAUUGCAUCUCAGGUGCUGGGUUCCAUUGCGACCAUCUGUGCCCGAGCCUUCGGCCCCAACAAUGUGGGCCCCGGCCCAAUUUCCCCUGACAUGACUCAGGGCGCCCAUGCCUUGGCUAAUGCCUGGUUCUGGGUGGCUUUGUUCUGUCAGUUGUUGAUCUGUGCUGGGUUCUUGCUGUUCUUCCGUAAGGAACAACUCGCCAAACCAUAG